GCUAUUUUUUUUUUUACACCACCUGACACUUCAUGGUCGAUAUUUUAUUAACUAGUAUAUUUUCUUCGUAUAUUAUAAAUUAUUACUAAACUUAUAAAAUGGGUAUGAAAUUCUGUGGCCCUAAGCUUUCCUUGUGCGGGCUCGUUUUGAGCGUCUGGGGCAUUAUUCAGUUGACUUUGAUGGGCGUCUUCUAUUAUAUCCAGGCAGUAGCACUGCUUGAGGAUAUUCCAAUAGACGAGGAAGACACCCAUACGAUUUCCGGUUUUAUUUCAGCAGCUGAAAAUGGAUACACUCAGAAUGCUUAUAAUUGCUGGAUUGCUGCAUUGUUAUAUGUCAUCACAUUAGUAGUUUCUGGACAUCAGUUUUGGAUGAACAACCGUUCCUCAGUUAGCAUGUAAUGGAUCAAAGGAGGUGUUAAUGGCAAUACUCAGUGUUAUGUUAUGGUUCUUAUAAAUUAUUCUCUGGUAUAUUACAAUCAAGAACAUAAUUAUAAUGUUGAGUAGUUGACCAGUAUUGUAUAGGCACAAUUUGUUAUCUUACCUUAUUGGUAAUUUCAUUCCAUUGUAAUGUAUGGUAUGCUCGAUUCCACAACCACAUUGGAAGUUUAAGUUUGGGUCAACCUAAUGUCACAAUUUGACCAAUGUUGUGAAAUCAAAAUCUGUUUUCUUUUGAAUGUAGUACCUAAAUAAAAUAUGUUUAACUUAUAUUCAUGUAUUAUAUUUUUUAUUAUUUUAAAGCAUAUAUAUAUAAUUGGCCUAGACUUAAGUUAUUAAUUUGAUGUACAGGCUAUAUGAUCAAUGAUUAAAAAUACUGUAUUCAUGUCCAUGAUAAUUCAUUGAUAAUAUACUAUUUUCUUAGGAUUUCUCAGUUCAUAGUACUAAAAUAUAUUGUAUAGUAUAUAUCUAAUGUUUAUUCCUCUAUGAGACUUCCUUGCAAAUUUUUAUCUUGCAUUUAAAUCAAGUAAUUUAUUAUUACAAAUCCCUCUGUACUUGAAUUGUUCGAAACCUAUAACAUCACGGUUGCUGGUAGGUCAUAACAGGGGGUUCCUGUAAUAUGCUCUGAGGUAUCAGAGUAUUUAUUAUAGAUACAAAAAACUACAUUACUACUGUUGUAACAUUUAUACUUCCAUCAAUUGUACCCAUUAUUAAUGAAAAGUUUUGCAUUCAAUAAUAGUCAAGACAGUUAUUUUCAGAAGUAUUAAAAGUUCUAUAAAUUGUACAUACUAAAUAUCAUAGUAGCUAUACUGUAAAAUGCUUAGAAUUUAUUGAAGUAAAGAGUA